CUUAUCCAUUUCGUCUAAGCUGUGUUCUUCCCUUUCUUCAUUAUCUUUGCAGAGAGAAUGGCGAUUUCCGUGCAACCCGUCCUCUCCAACCUCACGCUCUCCAGACCUUCCAAAUUCAGGCCACGGUCUCAGACGGAGUUGCGCAGGCCUAAUGCCAUAUCGAUUAAGUGCAGUGAUUCCUCCGGCGAGGGGACCCGGCGAAUUACUGUGAGAAACGGGAAUGAUUCCUUGGAAAUAUGCAGAGUCCUCAAUGGGAUGUGGCAGACUAGUGGAGGAUGGGGCAGAAUAGACCGAGACGACGCUGUUGAGGCCAUGCUCCGGUACGCCGACGCCGGUCUCUCCACCUUCGAUAUGGCCGAUCACUAUGGACCUGCCGAAGAUCUUUAUGGCAUAUUCAUUAAUCGAGUUCGUCGAGAGCGGCCACCAGAAUUCUUGGAAAAGAUCAGAGGUCUAACUAAAUGGGUUCCUCCUCCAGUUAAGAUGACCAGUGGCUAUGUCAAGGAAAAUAUCAAUAUAUCACGAAAGAGAAUGGAUGUGGCUGCUUUAGACAUGCUUCAAUUUCACUGGUGGGAUUAUUCUAAUCCUGGUUACCUUGAUGCAUUAAAGCACCUUACUGAUCUGAAGGAAGAAGGUAAAAUCAAGACAGUUGCUUUGACGAAUUUUGAUACGGAGAGGCUACAGAAAAUUCUUGAGAGUGGAAUUCCUAUUGUUAGCAAUCAGGUGCAACAUUCAAUUGUUGACAUGCGUCCUCAACAGAAAAUGGCAGACCUUUGUCAGCUUACUGGAGUCAAACUGAUAACGUAUGGAACCGUAAUGGGUGGUUUGUUGUCAGAGAAGUUCCUCGACACCAACUUAAACAUUCCUUUUGCUGGCCCGCCAUUGAACACUCCAUCUCUCCAGAAGUACAAAAGGAUGGUUGAUGCAUGGGGAGGAUGGAGCUUGUUCCAAGCUUUGCUUCAGACACUCAAGAGAAUAGCUACCAAACACGGGGCCUCAAUUCCCACAGUUGCUGUGAAAUAUAUACUGGAUCAGCCAGCAGUGGCAGGCUCGAUGAUCGGUGUUAGACUUGGAUUAGCAGAACAUAUCCAGGAUACAAAUGCUAUAUUUUCGCUUGUCCUUGAUGAGGAAGAUGUGAAUAACAUACAGGAAGUCUCAAAGAAGCGGAAAGAUCUGCUUAAAAUGGCUUCAAAGAUUUGGUUGAGACAAGGUGAGAGGAAAGUCAUGGAUUUUGCUAGUUUUAAGAUUUCCUACAAGCUUGGUCGUGUUAAAAGAAUAAUGAAGACUUGGAGCAAAGACAAAUUCGGUUCAUUGCCUUUUAGCAGAGAUGAGCUGUUAGUUGUUAUCAACAGCCUGGACAGAGUGGAGGAGAUUAGAGUCCUUCAAGGGACUGAGCUUGAGAACAAGAAUCUCAUGAACAUCAAAAGUCUUACUCUUAAUGGCCAGAAAUCUUCUGUUCUAAGUAGUCACUUCGAUUCCCCCAGAGGCGGCGACUUUGGCCGUUCAAUGGUGUGCAGCCAAAACCCGAGUAUAUGCUUGUUCACUUCAAGUCACCCUUAG